AUGGUGGCCGACAUCUUCACAAAGGCUCUUGGCCCAAAGAUUUUCUCGACACACUGCUACGCACUAGGCCUUCGCACUCGACACCCACGGCUUGGAUCUGCCUCGCAUUCGCGUGGGGGGGGGUGUGAAGAGUCCACUCUCAGCUCGACAGGGGCGCCUCGGUCGUUGCGCGCGCCUGCUAGCCUGGCCCCUGUGGUGGGGACUUAG